AAUAUGUUUAAAUUCAUACAGUAUAUCAUUGCGCUCCCAUCCCCUGUCUGCACAUGACCUGGUUUAAGGGCGAAUUGCAGCCAGAAUCGAUGCGGCCAAGCAUCAAUGUUGCUGCCCGAACAGCUGAAGAGACGUGCGCGCCCACGCUGAGACGGAGCCAGACGAGUAUGCGCGGCGACGGGAGCAAUAUUGAGCAAAGAUCCUAUAGAUCUUUGAUAUUGAGUUCCCAAGCGGGGAGUGGGAAAGGGCGUGGACGACGGACGACUUGCUGAGCCUUCUGUGAGUGCCCAGAGAUGGAGUAGCGCGGACAGACAGACAAACAGAGAGAGAGGGAGGGAGUGAGUCCUGGCAGCGAUAAGCCCAGGCAGGCAGGGCUCGGGGACGAGCAAAGGAAACAUUGCCUGGCCGCGGACAAAGACACUUCCCUUACAAGGUGGAUUGCAGCAGCGAGCUACAUUGUACGUAGCCAUCAAGGUCUGGGACAUCAGAAUAUUACAUUUGGAAGUGAUUUCACAUAUUUGAUUGACCAAAUAUGAUCGAAGGAAUACAAACGAAGAAGGGCGAGAAGAAGCGUACGCGGAAAUGGCAGAAGCUGCCCGGCAGAAACACCUUCUGUUGCGAUGGCAGGAUCAUGAUGGCCCGGCAGAAGGGAGUUUUCUACCUCACCGUCUUCCUCAUCGUGGGAACCAGUGCGCUGUUCUUUGGGUUUGAGUGCCCGUACUUGGCAAUUCAUCUUUCCCCUGUCAUUCCUGUGUUUGCAAUUAUCCUCUUCAUCUUUGUGAUGGCCAUGCUAUUGCGCACCAGUUUCAGUGACCCUGGCGUACUCCCACGUGCUGAAGCAGAUGAGGCCGCGUUCGUGGAGAUGGAAAUAGAAGCGGCAAAUGGCAAUGUUCCGGUGGGUCAACGGCCACCACCCAGAAUCAAAGACAUUCAGAUCAACAAUCAGAUUAUCAAGCUGAAAUAUUGCUACACAUGCAAGAUUUUCCGUCCACCCCGGGCAUCCCAUUGUAGUGUCUGCGAUAACUGCGUGGAGCGUUUCGAUCACCACUGUCCUUGGGUUGGAAACUGUGUUGGAAAGAGGAAUUACCGUUUCUUUUACCUCUUCACCAUCUCGUUGUCAUUCCUAACUGUCUACAUCUUUGCUUUUGAUAUUGUUCACGUGGCACUGAGAUCAGUGGACAAUGGCUUUUUAAACACGCUGAAGGACACACCAGGAACUGUGCUAGAAGUGGUGAUCUGCUUCUUCACAUUAUGGUCUGUGAUUGGACUGUCUGGAUUUCACACAUACCUUAUUGCGCUCAAUCAGACCACAAAUGAAGAUAUUAAAGGCUCUUGGUCAGGUAAAAAUGGAAUCCAUAAUCCUUACAGCCAUGAGGGUGUAAUAAAAAAUUGUUGUGAGAUCCUUUGUGGGCCAGUGCCACCAAGUGUUCUUGACAGGAGAGGGGUCAUUAAAGAUGAGCCUGGUGUUUCAGUCAAUACUAAUGGAGUUGCAAAUACUGUUCCACAGACGAUGGCAAGCAGAGCUCCGUUGAUAUCCAAUGAGCAGGCGCCUGUAAAAGUAGGUCCUUUUGUGCCUGGGCAAACGGAACCAGAUACAAGAGAGACGGCAUCAUCACCGAAUACAAACAAGCCACUUCCAUCUCCACCAACAGCGGACCUAAAUAUACAGUCUGGCACCACAGUCCUGCGGAGAGAUGCAGUGACGAAAGGAACAUAUCGGGGGCAUGCCCUUUAGCUCCCGGACGAUAUUCAACUGAAGGUGCACAAAAUGUUGGAAGAUGGUUCUUCUAGCUACGUCAAGGUGCAAAUUGAAUUGACACUACAAUUUCCAUCAGAUCAGUAUUGUGUGUUUUAUAUGAAGAUGUUUUGGAAGUUGGAUAUGCUGUGAUGUCGCAUCAGACUGGAAUGUUAAAGAAAAGGUCAAAUUGCUCAGAGACUUUUCAGGGCCAAUUUGCUUAUUCAUAGCCAAAUGUGUUCAUUCAGACAUUAGCAUUUGUUAUUUUAUGUCACAAGUACAAAAAUGUAGAAUGACAAAUGAGUUUCCCACAAAGAAGUGGUUGCUAUUUUUUUUUUUGUUUAUUUCCCAUUGCACAUUGUAACUUCAUGAAAAUAACCGGCAGGACAAAUAUUAUGCGAAUAUCUCGCGUAGUAAUAUGCUGAGUUUCAUUUGGGUGCUAUGCAAAAUAUUGACAUGAUUAAAGUUCACCAGGGUAAUUUCAUUAUAUCACUAGUUACAGGCAUGUUAUGAGUGCAACACAAUCUAUAUAAAGAGAGUUAUGAGAGUGUUUUCUUCCUUGUGUAUGUAUGUAUGUAUGUAUGUAUGUAUGUAUGUAUGUGUGUGUGUGUGUGAGAGAAUACUGGUCUCAUCAGAAAUGUGAAUUUGAUGUUGGGUAAGUGACAUUGAACUUAGACCUGAACCUAUUUUAUCUGAUACAAAUUAAUGAAUAAUCUGAUGCUGCCAUUGGAUGUUGUUUUCGUGAAACUAUAUAUUUUUUCCAAAUACUGUUGUUG